GAGGGCACAUGGAGGGGGGGAGGCAAGACCCAAGGGAAGGGCACUGGGGUUCAGGUACGGGAGAGGAAUCUUGGGGGGAGUCAGGAAGGGAGCGGAGCCCCUGGGGGUCACCCCACGUAGACAUAUCAGGUGUGGGGGCAGGCCAAAACAGGGGCCCACAGUCCCCCUCCCACGCAUCCCCCUUCCUGCCCCCCCCAGCUUCAUUUCCAUCUCAAAAGCCCAUUUUUCUGCUCCAAUAACUCGCUAUGGGGCCCUUGAGCUGGGGCAGGCACACGACCCUCACAGAGCACUGACCAGGGACCAGGAUGGGGGAACACAUCCCCAUCCCCUCCUUUGUGCCAUCCCCAGCCCUAAACACCCCCUCUUCCCCAUAACUCCUCCCCCCACCCGAUUACCCCCAGGAUCUUUGUCAACCGGAGCCUGGCGCUGGAGAAGAUCAAGUGCUUUGGCUUUGACAUGGACUACACCUUGGCCAUGUACAAGUCCCCUGACUACGAGGAGCUGGCUUUUGCCCUGUUGCUGGAGCACCUUGUCGCCAUUGGGUACCCCCCCGAGAUCCUCGCCUACAAGUAUGACCCCACGUUCCCCACUCGGGGGCUGGUGUUCGAUGCCCUGUAUGGGAAUCUGUUGAAGGUGGAUUCCCAUGGGAACCUGCUAGUCUGUGCCCAUGGCUUCCGCUUCCUCAAGGGAGCCGAAAUCCUCCACUAUUACCCCAAUAAGUUUAUCCAGCGGGAUGACAUGAAGCGCUUCCACAUCCUCAACACGCUCUUCAACCUCACGGAGGCCCACCUCUAUGCCUGUCUUGUGGACUUCUUCACCAACUGCUCCAGAUACGUAAACUGUGAUACCGGCUACAAACACGGGAACCUCUUCAUGUCCUUCCGCAGCAUGUUCCAGGAUGGCUGUCUGAAGGAGAAGACGCUGGAGAACCUGGAGAAAUACGUGGUGAAAGACCCCCGUGUGCCACUGCUGCUGAGCCGCAUGAAGGAGGUGGGGAAGGUCUUCCUGGCCACCAACAGUGACUAUACAUACACAGAUGCCAUCAUGUCCUACCUGUUUGACUUCAGAGAUGGGGACAAGGCGGACACCCCGCAGCGCCCCUGGAGGUCUUAUUUUGACCUGAUUGUGGUGGACACCCGCAAGCCCCUCUUCUUCGCUGAGGGCACCGUCCUGCGCCAAGUCGACACGGACACAGGGAAGCUGCGCAUUGGGACGUACACCGGCCCCCUCCAGCACUGCACCGUCUACUCUGGCGGCUCCUCAGAUGUGGUGUGUGACCUCCUGGGCGUGAAAGGCAAAGACAUCCUUUACAUGGGGGACCACAUCUUCGGGGACAUCCUCAAGUCCAAGAAGCGGCAGGGGUGGCGCACCUUCCUGGUGGUGCCUGAGCUGGCCCGUGAGCUGCAGGUCUGGACAGAGAAGAGCGAGCUGUUUGAGGAGCUGCGGAGCCUCGAUCUCUUCCUGGCCGAGCUGUACCAGCACUUGGACAGUGGCAGCAGCGAGCGCCCAGACAUUAGCUCCAUCAAGCGUCGGAUCCAGAAAGUCACACAUGAGAUGGACAUGUGCUACGGGAAGAUGGGCAGCCUCUUCCGCUGCGGCUCACGCCAGACGCUCUUCGCCAACCAGUUGAUGCGCUACGCAGACCUCUAUGCCGCCUCCUUCAUCAACUUCCUCUACUACCCCUUCAGCUACCUCUUCCGGGCACCCCCUGUCCUGAUGGCACAUGAGUCAACAGUGGAGCACACUCGGCUGGACUCGGGGGAGGUUGGCACAGCCCUGCCCCCCUGGCUGGCCCGGCAUAGCCACCCUGGCCAGCAGGUCCCCCAAGACUCCAGCGGGGAGGAGGAGGAUGAUGGAGAAGCCUGAGCCCACCCCAGCACUAAUGGCUGCUGCUCUGGCAGGUGCCAGCCCCACAGGAGGGCAUUUGAUGGCCCUGGACCACUUGCACUGCCAGACCAAAGCCACCCAUGGUCAGCUGCCACCUUUGAUGGCCACAGGAUGAUUGGUGGCCCUGCCCAUGGCCCCCAUCACACCUGUCCUUAGGCUGUGGGGCCCUUCUCUCGACUGUGCCUGGAGCCAGGAGAGGGCCCCCCCAAUUCUGCUGGCUGCCCUGUGCCCCCACUUUAACUAACAUCCUUCCUGCCAGCUCAAUGGCAGUCUGGGGCCACCCAAUGCCAGGGUGAGCGGGCAGUGUUGCUGCUCCGGUAUCACUGGAGGCCCGCUGCACCAGUCAGGGCCCCUGCAGCUCCUGUCCCUCCAGCCUCUCCACUGUGGCCCUGGGUGCAGGGGGAGGCUCCGGAGGUGACAGCUGCUCUGUGGGAACUCCCUUCACCUGCUGUUCCUCUCUUCUGUUUGCUACCCUUUUCUAUUUAUAAAAGAUACUCAAACUCCUGGCACCACAGAGACAUAAAAUUGGCUGUUUUAAAGGAAAACUGCUUUGUCCCUGCACCUGGGAGGUGGGGGCAAAGGGCAAUUCCCAGCAGCUGGGACAAGCACGAGCCCCUGGGCAGAAGGUGGCAGCCCCGGGUCACCUCUCCU